AGAGAGAGAGAGAGAGAGAGAGAGACAGAGACAGAGGCGAGAAGGAGAGAAGGGAGAUGGAAGAGCACGGGAUCACCCAUCGGACGGUGGAGGUGAACGGGAUCAGCAUACACGUAGCAGAGAAGGGGGAGGGACCGGUGGUGCUGCUCGUCCACGGCUUCCCGGAGCUGUGGUACUCGUGGCGCCACCAGAUCCUGGGCCUCGCCGCCCGCGGCUACCGCGCCUUGGCGCCCGACCUCCGCGGAUACGGCGACUCCUCUGCCCCGCCCUCCGUCGCCUCCUACUCCGUCUUCCACAUCGUCGGCGACCUCGUCGCCCUCCUCGAUGCCCUCGCCAUCCCUCAGGUGUUCUUGGUGGGGCAUGAUUGGGGGGCACUCGUAGCAUGGUACAUGUGCCUGUUUAGGCCUGAUCGAGUGAAGGCACUGGUGAACCUUAGCGUCGCGCUGGUUCCAUUUAUACCUCGAAAUCCUGCAGGGAAGCUCGUGGAGUACUUCAGAUCGUUGUACGGGGAUGACUACUAUGUCUGCAGGUUCCAGGAACCAGGAGCCGUAGAAGCAGACUUCGAUCGCCUUGGAACGGAGAGUCUCCUCCGAAUGGUCUUUGCCUCUCGAAAUCCAGGGCCUUUGUUGCUGCCCAAGGAAGCUUUUGUUCCUCUCGAUAGGCAGAUUCCAUUGCCUGAUUGGCUCUCGGAAGAAGAUAUAAGCUACUUCACAAGCAAGUUUGACGAGUCUGGAUUUACUGGUCCUGUUAACUAUUACCGAUGUUUGGACCUGAACCGGGAACUGGGAGCACCAUGGUGUGGGGUGAAGAUACAAGUGCCGGUCAAGUUCAUUGUGGGUGAUCAGGAUCUGACCUACCAUUACCCAGGCAUCCAGGACUACCUGCACGGAGGUGGGUUUAAGGAAGAUGUGCCCAUGCUGGAGGAGGUGGUGGUCAUGGAGGGGGUGGCUCACUUCAUCAACCAGGAGAAAGCGCAUGAGAUUACUGAUCAUAUCUAUCACUUCAUCCGCAAGUUCUAAUGUUAUUCCCUACGAGUGAUCCAACUUUGUUCUGUGUGAGACCAUGGAAGGCAGGUCACUGCUUUAUGCUCUUGUUAUUAGAAGAAUAAUAAUUUGGAACGGUCGUGAUCUUUAUGAGAAGAUAA